CUCAUCCGGUGGCCAUUUCCCCCCACCUGAUCACGGCCGCCAUGUCGUCAUCCUACCUGUGUGACGUAUGCCAUGGCGCUACCUGUGGCGCUUGCCCCCGUUGCGCCGAGCUCAACCAUAAGCGAUGCCUCGAUGAGCUGCGUCAGUUCCAGUUCUUCGGUCAUGACGACACGGUCAUGGCGUGGAUGUUUGACGACGCAAAGGACGACGACAGCCAGCUGCCGAGGGUCGCUGCCGGCUUCAGCUAUAUUGAGAGCUUGAAAGAAUCUUGGGACCCUGGAGUUGGCCUGAGAUUUGAUUUGGCCAUGGGGCAGGCGGCGUCAAGUGCUGCCAUCACGUCCUUUUCCGGAAGCACAAUCGCUGGAGCUUCUAGUGGUAGUAACAAAGAGGUUGGAGAUGCCAAGGCCGCCGACCAAGGCGGCCCCACUACGGAAAGAGAAGCCAAGAUCCUGAGGUACAAGGAGAAGAAGAAGAAACGGAGGUACGAGAAGCAAGUGCGGUAUGCUUCAAGGAAGGCGUACGCCGACGUUAGGCCGAGGAUUAAAGGACGUUUCGCAAAGACGCCGGAGGAACCCACCGCCAUCGGAGCAGUGUGAUUCUGACAGAUACUCUUAAGGAAGAAAAGCUACUCAACUCGUGAAAUAAACGAACGCUAGUCCUUCAACCUUACGUUCUUUUUA